AUUGAAAUCGAAACAAGAACGAGAGAAGCGCGAGCGUAUGGACGGACUGCGGUUUAAUAGCAAGGAGGUCCCCUGGCUGCUACUAAGUACCAUAGAGGAUGAGAGCGAAGGGCUCAACAAGCACCAAACAAAGGGAAGCAAAUAGAAAACGAUUCUGGCCAAUCGCAUGGCGAGCAGCUAUCCACUGGGUGAACCAUCCAAGUUCUAGGAAGCCCGCGAGGUGCGCGCAAUGGUCCGGGCAUGGUGCCCUCUGGUCAUGGCUUCCUCUCGUCUUCUCUCUGGCUCCCGUUGUCUGGGUCCCGUCUUCAAGGUGGGUGUCAGUGGUCCCGCUCGCUGCUUCUCAGCGGCUCCAGGGCAGGCGGACACCAGACGGAGGACAGGGACAAGAAUUUGCGAUUUUACGGGGUUGAUGGAGCCAGAAAUGCAGUCCACCGCGAGUCCACACCCGGGGUCCCGUCCCCGUCCCCGACACCGGGUUCCACUCUGGACCAUGCCCUGGUCGGCUGGUCCUGCUCGUCGACGACGUGUGGUGGCCCAUCUCCUUUUCGAGGACGACAAGCAAACAACUAAGCAAGCACAUGCACGCUUUUCUUUUUCUCUCUCUUCUUCUUUCCGUCUUUUCUUUUUUUCCGGCAUUCACGGGGAAACGGUUAUCCGUCCAAUUGGCCUCAUCGACAACUAGCAUAUCGUGGGGAAAAUGACAUUGGCAACGGACGCAAGGCCCAGGACCCAGACGGGAUCAUGUUCCCCAGUCUUGAGGCUGCCCACUA